CUACGUCAAUCGUGUAAAAACUUUAUCGAAGACUUUUGCUUUUAUUUUCGCAGCUUUUCUGUGGGCCCCCGUAUCGAACAAACUUUUGCGGUUCUUGAGUGGUGAAAUAAAUGCCUGGCUGUGCCCCCCAAAUUACGGUGUGGUGCUAGAAGUGGCGCCACUUUAAAACAUGGGCAAUUGCCUCAAAAGGUCUACACAGGACGACAUUUCCCUGCUACGUGGGAGCAAUGAGAGUAAUCGUGAGCUCACAGACCAACUGGGACCAGUGCCUCUGUACUCGGAAAUUCUUCAGCCCGUAUUUUAUCCAUCACCAAACGUGAGUCGACCUGUGACGCAUCUCACAGAAGAGGAGCAAGUGAAGAUCGCAAAACGUAUCGGUCUAAUCCAGCAUCUGCCCAUUGGACCCUACGAUGGAUGUAAGAAGGCACGCGAGUGUGUAAUUUGUAUGGCAGAAUUCAUGGUGGGUGAUCCGGUACGUUUUUUGCCAUGCAUGCACACAUACCACGUUGCUUGUAUCGACGACUGGCUGAUGAGAAGCCUCACGUGCCCUUCGUGCAUGGAGCCCGUAGACGCUGCACUACUCACGAGUUACGAGUCGUAGGCCUGUGCUGUGAUUAAUCCCACAAGUUGUUUUGAUGAGAAAAAUGCCUCACAUAUAGUAUAGAAUGUGGAUAUUCUUGGGUAUAUUUCUUUUACUUUCAGUUAUGAUACGUGGUGUAAAAAAUUGUAUAUUAUAUUAACGUACACAAAGACUAAAAAAAAGUGUUAAAUAUUCCAAUUCGACCUGUCCCUUCUUUUACCGCAUUAGAACACAUGGAUUUUUUCCUCUCGAAUUUCUUAAUCAAAUUUUUUAUUUAAAAUACGACCUCUUAUUACCCAAUUAUUUAGGUGCCUUCAUUUUUCCGUUGAAAGAUAUGUCUUGCUCCAAUAGAGAAUGCUUUCGUAACAGGUUUGUUUGAACAGUGACAGAUUGACAGUUACUCGCCGAACCAUAAGUGGUUCUACAGUACACAUACUUAUUUUUAGCAAGAAUCGUGAAGCGCGUUUUAAGAAAAGGAUACGUGAAAAAAUUUGAACCGUAAAUUUAAAAACCAGAUAUAAGCGUAAACCAUUCUAAAUUACUUUUCGGUGCUCUUUGCUUCCAACAAAUUACGAAUUAAUUAUCUAAAAAUACAUAUACAGAUUUUAUACCUGCAUACAUAUUUCAUAGCAGCAUUUUUUAAAUAAAAGUAACACAGUUCGCAUAGAGAAUUGAGUCUCUAAU